GGAGCGAUUUGAACCGAAAAUUAUCCGAAUCUAGAGAAGAAAGCAUAAGAUUUCUUGAGAGCCCAAGCAAAUAUCCUUUUCCAGUUCUGGCGAAACCAACCACUCCUCACUCUUUUUGCUCCCGCUCUGUUUUCUUAGGGUUCUUCGAGUUCGUCGGUGUGUCUGGCGGAUUCGGGAUCUUCAAAGUUUUUGAUAGUCUGUAGUUUGUAGCUGAAAUUGUUGAUGAUAUGUUGAGCUGUUUUAUGAGUAAUUCGUGGAGUUUUCGCGGUUAUUUGUGUAAUUCAACAAGUGCUCAAGUUUCAUUGUGAACUUUUUAAGGCGUUUUGAGUACUCUCAGCUGCUUCUGGAGAGUUGCUUGGAUGCAAUCGGUGUAGAUAAGAAGAUGGAGAAUGCAGUAGGCGGGGAAGGGGCUGCACCGGAUCAGAUGGACGGGGCGCAGCUUCAGAUUAAAGAGAAUGAGCAUGCAUUGAGACUUAAGAAUGGACACAUGUUUGACUGCCAAGAGAUGCGGAUGCCUGGCGACGAGGAUCAUUCAUUGCGUAUACCAGUUGGAAGCACUUGUGUGGAGAGCUCGAGUCAGGAUGUUAUGAAGCCGUAUGAUGGGUUAAGGUUGUAUCCGAGUGGAUCAACGAGCUGGAAUGGUGGGAGUUCACGAGUCCAUAAUGCGAGUGUUGAUUAUGGUCAGGUAAGAUCAAGUGAUUUGGACAAUGUGGAGUACCCAUCUUUGGAUAAAAUUAUUGCUCAAAGGGAAAAUGAUGACAAUCUGGUUGAAGUUGUGGCAGAGUUGACAAAUACCACGGAAGGAGGGGCUUCAGGCGAUUCAUGCGGAGGUAUUCGGACAAAAAUGCUUUCCAAAUCAAGAUCAGAAUUUUAUGUUAAGACUACUUUGAAGGGUAAGGGUGUUGUUUUCAAAGGUCCAAAACAUGAUGGCGGCCGUGUUGAAAUUAAGAACCUUAACAGUACGAAGGUUGCCGGUGGUUUCAAGGCUACUUCUGAUCCAAAACACAGUUUGGAUGCCAAUUCUAUGCCUUCUUCCAACAUUGUUAUGCCUUCUUCCAAUGAUGAAAUCAGUUUAAGAGACUGGCUGAGAAUCGAGUGUCCUAAAGUCAAUAAAGUUGAGUGCCUGUAUGUAUUCAAACAAAUUGCAAAUCUUGUGGAUCGUUUUCACUCUCAAGGAGUUGUUUUGCAAGAAUUGCGCCCUUCUUUUUUUAAGUUGUCAUCUUUGAAUGAGGUCAAGUAUGUUGGCUUACCAAUCCCAAAAGAGAUACUGGAAAGUUCUAUGGAUAAAGGUAUCUGUCAUUCAGAAAAUAGUUCAAUGAGGAAAAUGUCAGUGGACCAUGAUUUUGCUUUGGUUGGUUCAAGUGCAAAGAAGCAAAAGAUUAACCAGAGCACUGGAUUAGUGAGGCAAUGGCCUCAGUUCCCCACUACUUCCUGCUUCCCGCGUGAAACUAGCAAUGCUGGCCACUUCAACAACAAUCUUCAAAAUAGAAGUUCUCACUUGUAUAGUGCUCAACAACACUUGACUUCAAUCACUGAGCAAUUGGAAGAAAAGUGGUAUAUCAGUCCUGAAGAACUCAAUGAUGGGAGCUGUACAGUUUUGUCGAAUAUCUACAGUCUGGGUGUUCUUUUUUUUGAGUUGCUCGCGCAAUUUGACUCAAAUAAUGCCGUUGUCACAGCAAUGUUCAAUCUGCGUCAUAGAAUUCUUCCUUCAAAUAUUCUGUCAGAAAAUGCUAAGGAGUCUGGGUUUUGUCUUUGGUUACUUCAUCCUGAUCCGUCUUCACGUCCAACAACAAGGGAAAUCCUACAAUCGGAAGUAAUUAAUGGAUUACAGGAGGUGUGUGAAGAGAAAGUGGCAUCUUCUGUGGUUGAAGAGGAUGCUGAAUUGGAACUACUCUCGCAUUUCCUCAUGGUUAUGGAAGAAAAGAAGCAGAAGGAUGCCUUCAAGUUGAUGGAAAGCAUAAGAGCUUUAGAAGCAGAUGUUGAGGAAGCUGAGAGGAGGCACUGUCCAAGAAAAUCCUUGAUUGAUCCUGACUGGUUUAAAGAGUCCCUGGGUGGAUGGAAAAAUGCAUGUGCAGAAGCUUCAAGAUCAGAGAUACUUUCUCCAUUACCCCCUAUUCCUAGUACAAAUGAGUCAAGGUUGACAAGGAAUAUUGAUCAGCUUGAGAGUGCUUACUUCUCUAUGAGAAAGAAGAUUCAGCCUGCUGAAGCUGAUUGUACUUUACGCAUUGAUAAUGAGUUAUUAAAAACUCGCAAAAAUUGGUAUAUGGAGUCAGAGGGCGAUGGAAAGAAGACUCCUACCGAUCAUUUGGGAGCUAUCUUUGAUGGUUUAUGCAAGUAUAAUCGGUACAGUAAGUUUGAAGUAUGUGGUACUCUAAGAAAUGGUGAUUUCAACAGUAACUCAAAUUUGAUUUGCUCUUUGAGUUUUGAUCGGGAUGAGGACUACAUUGCUUCUGCUGGGGUUUCAAAGAAAAUAAAAAUUUAUGAGUUCAAUGCUCUGUUCAAUGAUUCUGUUGAUAUUCAUUAUCCAUCAAUUGAGAUUUCAAAUGAUACAAAGAUUAGCUGUAUAUGCUGGAACAACUACAUAAAGAACUAUCUCACUUCAACUGAUUAUGAAGGUUUAGUGAAGUUGUGGGAUGUGAGCACUGGUCAAGAGUUUGCUCGAUACAGAGGGCAUGAACAAAAGGCUUGGUCUGUUGACUUUUCUCAAGUAGAUCCUACAAAAUUAGCCAGCGGAAGUGAUGACGGUUCUGUGAAACUAUGGAGCAUUAAUGAGAAAAACUGUGUAGGCACUAUCAGAAACAGAAACUUUGCAAAUGUAUGCUGUGUACAGUUCUCUGCCCACUCCACUAAUUUGGUGAGCUUCGGGUCUGCAGACUACAACACAUAUUGCUAUGAUCUUCGUAAUGCUAGAAUGCCCUGGUGUGUAUUGGUCGGUCACCAGAAAAGCGUAAGCUAUGUUAAAUUCUUGGACUCGGAGACCAUUGUUUCUGCAUCCACUGACAACACUUUAAAGCUAUGGGAUCUUAACAAAACUACUGCAAGUGGUCUAUCCACCAAUGCUUGCAGCAAUACCCUCUGUGGGCAUACAAAUGAGAAGGUUGAUCCUCCCACCAUCUUUUUUUUUUUUUAUGUUAGAGUUUAUUCAUUUUGCAGUGACACUCUGAUUGCAUACUCUCAGAACUUUGUGGGCUUAUCCGUUUCUGAUGGUUAUAUAGCAUGUGGUUCAGAAACAAAUGAGGUUUAUGCUUAUUAUAGAUCUCUGCCUAUGCCAAUCACUUCACACAAAUUUGGCUCCAUUGAUCCUGUAACUGGGAAGGAGACUGAUGAUAUUAGUGGACCAUUUGUUUCAAGUGUCUGCUGGAGACAGAAAUCAAAAAUGGUGGUUGCUGCAAAUUCAAGCGGGUGCAUAAAAGUGUUGCAGAUUGUUUAAGGAAAAAGUAACCCUGUAACCCUCUUGACAUCAAUCAAGAAGUCUCUGUUUUUAAUGGCAUGUGAAUCUGCUAGUUUUUCUUCUGGAGGCAUAAUAUACGGUUGACACUGUAAGCCCAUACGACAUGGAGAAACUGGAGGAACUUUUCACAGAGACUGAAUCCUAAGAUAUGUCUAAUUUAUGGCCAUCCAUGCGAGAUAAGAGGGUCCCAAAACAACUAACAUAUUAGUGUAGCAGCAUUGUGCCUAAACAUCAGAAGGACAACUAGCUGGUUGUGAAACUUUAUUGAAUAGUCAAGUCUCACUGUGGUGCCAACACAAGAACUGACCUAUGUUCAACUGCUUUCCUGUUGGAAUAAGUAAAGGAAGCUUGCGGACUGGUUAGUAACAUUCAGCUUCAGGAUUUUAAAAUGAGCAGUCAGCACAUGGCAGUUACAUAUGGAAAUCAAAAUUUUGGUACAGUGUCAAUCAUGUAAUGGUGCAAGUUUGUGGUUCAUCCUUAGCAUCAUUCCUCAAGGAAAAAGAAUAGUUGAAAUAUGCAGGAAUGAUGUUAUUAGGUCUUUUUUUUUAUCAGAGUAGCUUGUCCAUUGUCUGGCAGUUUUCUGGUACACGUAAGCCUGAUUAAGUAAGCCGUUUGUUUAUAAAAGAAGUAAGAGUAUUGCAAACCCUAGGAUUGGUGUUGAGUUGUUUUCAGUGUAUAUUUUAGAACUGAGGGAGGGUUCAGCUCUUGUAAAUGUUCAGGGAUUAGGUGUAUAUGAUGACUAUGGUUUUCUGGAGACCACACAGGGAGAUGCAUUUUGUCAUUUACCCAAUUCCCAUAUAUUUGUUCAACUCUAUGUCAUCUGCAAUUCAGAGCCAAGCGUUAUAUUUCA